AUGGCGCCAGAAUAUUUUCAAGCCAUUAAUGAAAGAAUCUUUGGAAACUUGAAGGGUGUUCAAGUGUACAUUGAUGAUCUCUUGAUAGCUGCCGAUUCCUCCGAGGAACACGAUCGAAUUUUAAAUUCCGUGAUCAUAAGAGCUACUGCAAAAGGAGUUAAAUUUAAUUAUAAGUUUCAAGCAGAAUUAUCUGUCGAAGAUGGCUUGUUAUUUUUAACCCACCGAUUAAUAGUCCCGGAUAAACUUAGAUUCUAUAUUUUACGGCUUCUUCAUGAACCUCAUUUUGGUACUGUUAAGACCAAACAACGUGCUAGACAAAUUGUAUUUUGGCCAGGCAUGUCAAGCAACAUACAGAAAAUGAUAUCUGAUUGUUAUGUUUGUGAACGUUACCAAAAUGCUAAACAAAGGGAUUUAUUGAUUCCACAUGAGAUACCAAAUAUACCAUUUUAUAAAAUAACUUGUGAUAUAAUGGAUUAUGCAGGUAAUAGCUAUCUUAUUGUACAAGAUUAUUUCUCGAAAUGGCUCGAGAUCAUUCUAUUAAAAAACAAAACCUCAUCAGAAAUUAUUAAACACCUCAAAAUAUUGUUCGCGACGUUUGGUAUUCCCAACACAGUAAUUUGUGACAAUAUGCCUUUUUCUUCCUUUGAAUGCAAGAACUUUUCCAAAGAGUGGAAUUUCCAGUUUUGCACAAGUUCUCCUAAAUAUCCACGCAGUAAUGGUCAAGCAGAAUGUGCAGUUCAAACUUGUGUGUUCAAGAAAUGUUCUCACGACAAUAUUGACCUCGCAUUAUUGGAGUUUAGAAAUACUCCCGUUUCGGGUAUUGGUAUAUCGCCAAGUCAAAUGCUCAUGAAUAGACUAACCAGAACCAAGCUUCCUAUUCACACACAAUUACUAAAACCCGCAAUUCCUAAAGAUGCACAUAAAAAACUUUUAGCCAAACAGGAAUAUUUUAAACGAAAUCACGAUAAAAGUGCCAAAACUUUUAACCAAAAUUUGAAAGCAGGUGAUAAUGUUCUUAUAAAAGAUCAGUUUUGGGAAAAAGGACAAGUAGUUGGUAAUCAUUCCACUCCUAGAUCUUUUAAUGUAAUUAAUAAUAAGAACAAUGUUGUUAGAAGAAACUUUAGCCAACUAAAACCAACUAAUACAAAAUUUGACAUUAACAACUCAUCAAACUGCUCAAAUGAUAACUUAGAAACUAUUAACAAUCAAACCACCAUUGAAAUUGAUUCUACAAAUGACCUAAUUCCUGAUUCUAAUAUUAAACAAACUGUUACACACAGUGGUCGGAUUGUUAAAUUACCGAAUAAGUUUAAAGAUUAUUUUAUGUAA